CACGUUACUCUUCUUAAAUUUAAAUGGCGCGUGUUACUCUUUUAUCAGCUGUUAUUGCAACGUUGUAAUUGACGUAAAGUUUGUUUUCGUAACAAUACUAUGAUCGCCACAUUUUAAGAUUUAGAAAGCAAAGUGCUAUUUUAACCAUACCACUGUGACAUAAGAUAAGAACAAUAGAGAUUAGAACAUUGGAGUUCAAUCAUGGCUAUGCACACUGUACCACCUAAACGAAAGGAAAUUUACAAGUAUGAGGCUCCAUGGCCUUUAUAUAGCAUGAACUGGUCGGUAAGACCUGACAAAAGAUUUCGUUUAGCACUGGGUAGCUUUGUCGAAGAGUAUAACAACAAAGUACAAAUUGUAUCUCUGGAUGAAGAAACUUCUGAGUUCAGUGCUAAAAGUACUUUUGAUCAUCCGUAUCCCACAACUAAAAUCAUGUGGAUACCAGACAGCAAAGGCAUGUUUCCUGAUCUCCUUGCUACAUCGGGCGAUUAUCUGAGAGUUUGGCGUGCUGCGGAGCCGGAGACUCGUUUGGAAUGUGUUCUGAAUAAUAAUAAGAAUUCAGAUUUUUGCGCUCCACUCACGUCGUUUGACUGGAACGAGGUGGAUCCAAAUUUAAUCGGUACUUCCAGCAUUGAUACAACCUGCACGAUCUGGGGAUUGGAAACUGGACAGGUGUUGGGUAGAGUAAACAUGGUUACUGGUCAUGUGAAGACACAACUGAUUGCACAUGACAAAGAAGUGUAUGACAUUGCGUUUAGUCGUGCUGGCGGUGGCCGGGACAUGUUUGCGUCUGUGGGAGCCGAUGGUUCCGUGAGGAUGUUUGAUUUACGACAUUUAGAACAUUCGACAAUAAUUUACGAGGAUCCACAGCACACUCCGUUGUUGCGAUUGGCGUGGAACAAGCAAGAUCCCAACUAUCUUGCUACAGUGGCGAUGGAUGCAUGCGAGGUCAUUAUUUUGGACGUUCGUGUACCUUGCACGCCAGUCGCAAGACUAAAUAAUCACAGAGCCAGUGUUAACGGUAUAGCUUGGGCUCCGCAUUCGUCCUGUCACAUUUGCACAGCCGGUGACGAUCAUCAAGCUUUAAUCUGGGAUAUACAACAAAUGCCUAGAGCGAUAGAAGAUCCCAUACUCGCUUACACCGCCGCGGAAGGCGAGGUCAAUCAGAUUCAAUGGGGCGCCACGCAGCCCGACUGGAUUGCUAUCUGUUACAACAAAGCGGCUGAGAUACUCCGAGUGUAAAAGAAAAGUUUUCUUUCGCGUAGAACAUUUUCUAGAGAAAUAUUUAAACAAAUAUUUCUGUCAUUCAUUUUCUUCAUAAUUGAUCAUGAAUUCUGAACGAAAAGAAUAGUUAUAAGUGACAGUUGUCUCGUAAUGUGUAAGAAAAUGUGUACAUAUGUUUAUAGAAAUAUUAUCUCUACGAUUCGAUAUUUCUCUACGAUACAUUCGGAUACUUAAAUUAUCAGUAAGUAAGUAGAUGUUUUUUUUAUUUAGUCUGUCUUCAACUCUUUGAGGCGCAAUGGAACCGUACUUGUCUCUCAUCUCUUAUUAUUUUAUUAUUUUAUUCUUGUUUUUUUUUUUAGCGUUUUUGUUACAUGUAACUAUAACUACGUGUAAUUAUAACAGCGAUCCAAAAAACAUAAUUACAAAUACAAAUAUUCACAAAAAUUCAUUUAUAGAAAAAUUAUACGCUUCAAAGAGUUAAGAGUUAAAAAUAGUAAACAUUGAGAAACAAUUUUGCGAGCAUUAGUGACAACAAUUAAUGGUAAAUUUUAGCAUAAAAAUUAAUUGUUACAAUAUAAUUGUAUAUUAUUUGAUUACUUACUGUAUACUUUUUUACGUGUACAAAUGCGCUUUAUAUAUAUAUAUAUAUAUACAUGUAAGUUAUGUAUAUAUAUAUAUAUAAAAUAGGUGUUAUUUGGUAACGCUCUACAUUUUAUAAAUGCAUUAUGUACUUUGGCGAUAAUAUCGUCAUUAGCAUUGAUGUCAAACUCUCUACUUAAUUAACACAUUUAUGUUAAACACUCCGUAAUAUUCAUUGACAAUAUAAUAUUAUAGAAUGAAUGAUAUAGAAUAGAAAUAUUCGAGUAGUAAUUUAUCAGUUCUGGAAAGGUGUAUUAAUAAUUACUAAGAUUUAUAAAAACAACAUACAUAUAUAUUGUUACAUACGAUAUCGGUGAUUUACAUAGAUGUAAGCGAACGAAGUUAUUUACAUUAAUGAUAUAUACCAUGUGUGUGUAUGAGUCCACAAUUCAAUCGAUUAAUACAAAAAAAAAACAAUAGCGUCAACUUCCUUUCAUCUUCUUCUGACGUUGGAACAUAUAUGUAUCUUUUUUUUUUUUUUUUUUUUUUUUUUUUUA